AUGAUUAUUAUUGAUUUUUUGUAUAUUCUAGGAAUCUGCUGUGCAACAGUAGCUGAGUGCUUGUUUGAAUAAUAAAACGACUAUGAGUUGUAUUCUAUGAUUGCUUCAUUGCCGAUAUUGUGCAUCUGGUGCGUAUUGAGGAUUAAAUAUAGAAGAGAAAAAAAUGAUCAAAUUUCUAUGCUUGUACUACUUAUAGUAGCCAACACAUUAAGAACUGUUGCAAACAAACAUUUAAGUGAAAUGUAUUAUCCAUUAUUCCCAAAAGGUUGCUUUAUAUCAUUCCACUAUAGAAUCAUAAACAUCCAAAAAAGGUGUUUUUAUGUCUACCUUUUGCAGGAGUAGUUGCAGGUGUAAAGUUAGAAUUUAAUUAUGAUAAUACAUUGAUAGCAGUCUGCAUUGUAUUAUUAGUAUGGUUAUCGAAUGGUAGUACCAUAAAGAAAACGACAAAGAUCUCUAAGAAUCAAAGCUAUUCAAAAACUUGGAACAACCCAUCAGAUAGUUUGAUUAUAAGCCAUAAUGAUUAAUUUCAUUUAAUAGUAACUAAUAAAGGAAAGAUGAUAUCUGGGAAUGAAGAUAUUAAAAGUUGCUAGGCGUUGAUGAUCCAAUAAUAAUUUAAUAGAUAAUUAAUGAAAUAAUCAUUUUAAAAGUCGAUAAACAAAUAAAAGAAAGAAAAAUGUUGA